AUGGAUCCAACUCAAAAUUCAGAGCAAUUUCGAAUGAACCAAAGCAAUUCCUUCCAAGGCCUCGAUCCUCAAGAACUGCAGGAGGAGCUAUAUGGAACAAGACAAGGAGAAAUGAGCGUGACACAAUACUUCACAAAGCUGAAGUCACUAUGGGAAGAAUUUGAUGAUUUCAGGCCAAAUCCACCCUGCAAUUGUAAAUCUGUGUGUACUUGUGGAUUAAGAGAAAUGCGAAAGUAUAGAAUGGAAAAUCAUGUAACUAGAUUCCUAAGAGGACUUAAUGAACAGUUUGUGAAUGUUAGAACUCAGGUCAUGCUAAUGGAGCCACUGCCAGAUUUAAAGGCUGUGUUUUCCAUGAUGACUAGACAAGAAAGACAAAACCAGACAAUGGAUGAUACCAUAAAUCCCAAGAUCUUGUUACACUCUACCAAUUUCUUCAACACUGCUGUGACCUCACAAGGCAGAGGGAGAGGAAAAGGUAGAGGAGGUAGAUUCCAAGGCUCUGGAAGAGGACAAACGAAAAGAGAUAGAAUGCAGAGUUCAUACUGUGGUAAAGGAGGCUACACAGUGGAUGUAUGUUACAAGAAACAUGGUUCCCCCAUCUUAGACAGAAAUCUGAACUUGAACGGAGGUUUGGGAGCAGUGAAUUUCAGUGCUAAAAUAAAUGGCGAUGGCAUUGACGAUUCUGGCUGUGUGGAAGAAAAUGGAACUUCCAAUGUUGACUUUACUCCAGAGCAAAAAUCACCCCUACUAGCUUUACUCAACAAAGGAGAGGCAAAGCAGAUCCACAGUGCUAACCAAAUCACAACCCUAGAAUAA